GUGCGAUCCAAGCACAAGCCGAUCCGAAUGCUAGUUAGGGACUUGGAUGCUCUAAAAUCAAAAGUUGAGAAGUAGAAUUGAAAAAAUAUCUAAAAUCCGGGAUCCAAUUAUGCAUUUAGCCUAAAACUAACACCCUAUACUUUAUCUGUUCUGAACGGACUCGAGCAAUAUUUGUUAGACGUGUUGUACUUCAAAAGAACCGAUUCGUGGAUCACGCAACUUUUGCCCGAACUGUCAUGAAAACCCUAAACCCUAAUAAUUCCUCAACAUCAAUCUACCUAUAAAAAGAAACCUCUCUUUAUCUCCUCUCCUCUCCUCUUCUCACCUUAAAGCUCAGUCUGCAUUUUCUGCCAUUCACAAAUACAGGAAAAGAAAAAAAGAAAAGAAGCUCAAGGACAUGAGACCUCCAAGAGGACGCGGUCGUAGUGGAGCUUUUGGAAGCAGAGGGCGAGGUGUUGGUGAUGGUGGAAGAGGUCGUGGCGGCGGGGGAAAAGGUCAUGGUGGUCACCACGGUGGAGGAGACAGGGGAAACAAUGGCGGUGGAGGAAUGAGAGGUCCAAGUAAGGUGGUGAUAGUUCCACAUAGGUAUGAAGGUGGUUUUAUUUCUAAGGGUAAAGAUGAUGCUCUUCUUAUGAAGAGUAUGGUCCCUGGUGAAUCUGUUUACAGCGAAAAGCGCAUCUGAUAUAUUUUUCAUUUUUUUAUUAAGGAUCUUUAUCAUUAUCAUUAUCUUUAACAGUGAUUAUGAUUAUCUUAAAAAUAAAAUAGAUGCUUAAUUAACUUAACCCUAACCAUUUCAGAAUGAAGAUAACAGCAAAGUGGAAUACAGAGUGUUGAAUCCAUUCCGUUCAAAAUUGCAUACUGCAAUUUGGGCUGGUCUUGAUUACAUCUGGAUUGUCAGUAUCUUUCUUGGAUAAUGUUUAUGUUUUUGUUUUCGUUAAAAGUAGUUAUAUGAUACCAUAUUUGUGUAUUGGUAUUGUACUUUUUAAGGCACCAGGUACUCGAGUUCUAUACCUUGGAACUGCUUCAGGAA